CACUUGCAACUGCUACAUGAAGCCGCUACGUAGCGCUACGUAGCGCUAACUUCGGCUAAACACACCCAUUCAUAGGUAGGAGCUAUUGAAGUACGACAUUGAUAAUCGCUGAUACUUUGAGCGAGGUAUAUCAUCAAUUUUUAAAAAAUGCACGCAUCUGCUAAUUUUAUUCUGCGUGGUGGUGACGCAGCGUUUGCCAAUAGGCAAAAAUCAUUAUUUGAUCACCUCUCGGUCGCAGAAAGCAAAUGCGUUAAACAUGACAGAUCUGAAGCAGAUGAUAGCAUGGAGAUGGACGAGAAUGACAAGAGUCCAACUUCGAAUAAUGAUCGGAAACGCAAGAGAGAAACUAAAAAAUUUCGCGGAAAAGAAAGCAUUUUCAAGCGACCCGAGGGUCCAGCACCGCGCACGAAUGUGCGAAACAUUCCGGAUUACCACAAAAAUCCACACAAAUGGAUAAAGUAUAGUUUAGAAGAUGUAUCCAACGAGGAUAUGUCUGAAUGCAGUAAUACACAAGCUGCUAUGUCGUUUCUGAGAGAAUUAAAAGCACACAAGAUAAAAGAAGCCGAAGAUCAAGAGAAAAUGGAUGUUGAUUCUUCUGAAUCAGAUUUGCAAGAUUCAACGGAGACUCGAUUUAAGACUAACGAACUUACAUCAACAUCAAAGAUAAUAUUCAAGAAGCCACAAACAAAAGACGAAGCAGAUAAUUCUGAAGCAGCUACAAAGCCGGUAUAUAAAAAUAAUAAAAUUAUUAUGCCAGAAUAUGUAGUUGGACAAAAACCAAAAAAGAUCAGUAAACAGAAUCGACAUGUAGUCGAAGUUCAAAAGAACUCGGAUUAUCGUUCAAAAGAACUCAGAUUGAAUCAUUUACACGAAUCAGAUGAAGAAGAAGAAGAAAACUCUAAAUAAUAAAUAACUGUUUAAUAUGGUGUACAUAGAAAUUGUAUACAAAUGUAUACAAGAGACAUACUUGAGAGCUAGUUUUAAAAUUCAUAGAUAUUUGUAUGUAUUAUAUCCACACAUAUAUAUAUAUAUAUAAGUACUCUAAGUGAUAUGAUGGGUCUAUAUAAUUUAUACCAAUCUGCUUAACCGUAUCUUCUCUUAUUUGAUGAUUCUAUGCGCUUACAAAACAAUUUAUAUGUAAAUAAAAUUAAGUUUAAUAAUAUUAAGUUAACCUUU